AGUGUUCUGCUGCUGCGAAAAAAACACUAGUUCCGUGCUACGGUGGUUGUUAUUCCAGUGAUAUUGUGUGUAAAUUGUUCGAAAUCAUACUGAACUGUACUGUAAAGGUUUUCGUAAAUUUUGAACUUAAAAAUGCAAAUACACCCGACUGAAAACUUAAUACUCAGCUUCAAUCCGUUCCUUCGAGAACAGACACGUUGAAGAACAAUCGAGCAAAUAGGGAAUAAAGUGCUACUCCCCCAAACAACUGCAUACUGAGAAACCAUAUUGAUAUUUUAUCACCAUUAUCCAUUGCUCUACAAGUAAAAUGGAACAUGGCAAGCCAGCCGCACUUGGCAGUAGCACCAGCACCAUCACCACUCUAGGCAAACAAGAACUAACCGCCACACUGCAGCUGAACGCAGCGCAGAAAACCGACGACAAUCUGAGUAUUAAAUCGUCCGAUUCGGUUACCACCAGCGGUGAGUACGAAAUUGUACCGGAAGUUCCGAACCUUGGCGACGUGCUUCCGUCUCCGGUCGCCGUGGCGGCGACCGGGAUGUCAACGGCUGGCACCGACAGCCGGCAGGAGGCCGAUCAUCCGGUUCGCGAAACGCGCCAGUUCGCUGACCUCAAUCUGACCGAUUGUUUCGAGGAGGACGAGGUGGUGGUGAAUCUGAUCGCGGCAGCACCACCGGCCAAGUUGGAUGCAAUUUCUCCCAUUCUAAACAUUGAAGGCAACGGCAACGUGUUGGAUCUGGAGAAAAAUAUGGAUGAGGUCAUCCACGAGUUGGACGAAGAACGUACACUGAGCGCCAGCGACGGCGAGCCGGGUAGUGCGAACAAAACCCCUGUAAAAAGUACUCUCAGUAGCAAGUUAAGACCGACGAUGCCGCAGUUGGCGCUCCGCGGACUGAAGCCUCGAUCACCCGGUGCAGCGGAGGAAAAAUCUCCCAACCUGCAGUCGCCGGAAAACCGAGUCGGUCAGUCAGUCUUUUACGAUUGUCUCGAUUCUAGCCCAAUGACCGAGAAAAAAGAUGCCAUGAAAUCGGACCAGUAUCCGGUGUCCGCCGCCGAAACCGACGACGAGCUGUCCGACAUCGAUCAGGAGUGUACCAUUUUCAGCGGAGUGUCCUACCUGGGAGCGACCGGUAUCAAGACACCCAAGUCGGAGAAGGAAAUUCUUCAAAAAGUUGCGGAAAUGAAUGCCACUCACUCCACCCAGUCGCCGCUGGGUAUGAAAGUGUCCGUCAGCAUUCCGACACGUUCCGAAGGAUUGGUGGUGCUUUACGAUGCUGAGACAAACGCAGUCGUUGCCACCUACGAGGUUCAUCGGAUUCUUUUCUUCGCCCGUGGACCGGCCGGAUCGACGAACCAAGCGUGUUUCGCAUUUACCUGGUCGCACGGAGAAUCCCAGGAAACAGCCAGUCAUCAGUGCCAUGUCUUCAGAUGUGACAUCCCGGAAGCGGUGACCCAAGUUAGCGCUUGCUUCGCAAAGGCCUUCCAGCGUGUGCUCCCGCCCAGCAUUCCGGCCAGUAUGACAACCUCGCUGGCCGACAUCACAUCGGACAGUGCUGGCAAUCCAAUCCAGUCGGCCAUGUACGAGUUUAGUAUAUCGCUGGAAAUCAAAGAGAAGGACAAAAGUAGCUACACAACGGUUCCCCGCGAUGCCAAGGCUAGCUUUCGGCUACGGUGCAACACGGAUAAAGAAGUCUGUAUCGUUGUUAAACAGAUUCCUUCGGAACUGUAUCCACCACUGUACAUUGAACGGUGCUUCGGUGUACUGCUAAGUCCGGGAAAAAUUGUACGACAGGCUGAUAUGCAGCUCCUAGAUAUGGUAAAUAUGGGCUACAUUAAAUCGGAAACAGCAGCUCCUGCAGCGAAUCAAAUGUCCGCAUCGAUAACGUCUCUCAAUUCAGCGGCCACGUUUGCGCAAUUGCCCUAUCAAAUCCGUGCGGAAUGGAAGGCAAACGACAAAGCAUUCGAGCAGCUAAACACUGAAACUCAGAAGAAGAGUUUAACCGUAGCCGUUGAUCUAGUCAUAAAAGGCAUCCAAGAGCCAGUUCGCUUUGUAAUUGAAACAUCGGUAAUGAUUUUGUCACAAAGUGAACUACGGAUAAUGCAAAAUUUGUUUACCAACAAAAGGCUGUUGGUAAUGCACUACUAUCUUACCUUGAAGGAGAGUGGCGAAGGUAGCUGGAAGGUGGAAUCGAUUGACCACUCGGACGAGAUAGUAGAACAAAUGGCACCCAAUUCACUGUCAUUGAAUCUUAACUUUAAAACAUGGUCGUUUAAAACGUCUGCCAGCGUGCAAUCGAUGGAGUUUGACGAUUCUAGUCCAGACUAUAGCUCCGACGGGGACGAACCGCUGCUCAGCGGUACCGGAGAAGUUUCACGUGAUUGUCCCACCGCUCUGCUGGAUGAUUGGAACGAGAUUCUGCUCGAGUGGGAUCGAGACAAUUUGGACAAACGUCCACGGAACCUGGCUCAUUUGGUUCGCUGUGGAAUUCCGGAUAUUUUGCGCGGUACCAUCUGGCAGAAGUUGGCUAAUGUGGAAAACAAAACAGAGAUGAUCGACUCCUAUCGGCUACUGAUCACCAAAGAAACAAGCUGCGAAAAUGUGAUCCAAAGGGACAUCAAUAGGACCUUUCCGGCGCAUAAGUUCUUCAAGGAGAGCGGCGGAAUGGGACAGGACAGUCUCUAUAAAGUUUCCAAGGCGUAUGCUGUCUACGAUACCGAGGUUGGGUACUGCCAAGGAUUGAGCUUCAUUGCGGCCAGCUUGUUGCUUCACAUGCCCGAGGAGGAAGCUUUCUGUGUGCUGGUGGCUCUCAUGUACAACUACGGUUUGCGCGAUAUGUACAAACUGGGUUUCGAGUCACUCUAUCUAAGGCUGUACCAGUUGAAUCGCCUCAUGAAGGAUCAUUUGCCGGAUCUCUACGAGCACUUUUACAACACCGGCGUGGAAUCGCACAUGUUUGCCAGCCAGUGGUUCCUGUCGCUGUUCACCGCUCGAUUUCCGUUGUACUUUGUAUUCUACAUUCUGGACGUGUUUCUGUUGGACGGCAUGACGGUGCUGUUCCAGGUUGCUCUGACGUUGCUAUCGGUAUGCAAGAAAGACUUGCUCGAAUUGGAUUUCGAGGGGAUUUUAAAAUACUUCCGCGUAACGCUGCCCAAGAAGUGCAGAAGCGAAAAUCAAGCCAAACGGCUGAUGAAACUAUCGUCGGAAUGCAAGAUUAAAAAAUUGAAGAAGUACGAACUGGAGUACAUGGCUAAGAAGGAAGAGAACGAACGCAAGGAACGUGAAAUGAAACAAUACGAGCAGAAGUUCAAUGAAGAAAAAGCAAAAAUGCAACUUGAAAUUGUGACGUUAAACGGAAAGUUGGAAACUAUGAUAAAGGACGAUAAGAAAAAUAGUGGAAUAAUAAUGGACUACAAAGCGAUUAUUCAAAGACAAGAACAUGAGAAUAAUAAACUUCAUCAGAUGUUGGACGAUCUAACAAAAACAGUAUCGGUCUGCUCAAAAUGUUCAUCUAGCAUACCAAAAUCUUCUCCGUUGCAUAAAAGUUACGGAAAAAAUUUGCAUCACGCAAACAGCGAGAACAAUAACGAUCAAACCGUUCACCAUGAGAGUAAUCUAGGUCCGCUAGACCCAGUACUUAUUGCUAAUCAGCGGAUACGAGAGCUAGAACUAGAACUAGCUCAAUCGAAGUUGGCACAAGUGGAAGCUGAAUGCAAGAACCAGGACCUCCAUCAUCAACUACACGCUACUCUGCAUGAGUUGCAAUCGAACCGUAGCAGCUGGCAACCGUGGUUCUCUAAAACGUUGAAUUCCAUUCAGGAAAAAGUGGUGACCAGGCGAGACGUGAAUGCACCAAUGCCUACAUUUCAAUCGUACGCUGAUCCAAAUGUAAAAUUGCGUGAACAUUCCUCGACGUUCCCCGCCACCGCUCAGACGCAGCUGCGGAAUAAACUGAAUCAACGUCACAGUUACAUGCCGCAAGCAUCAUCAUUCGACACGGUCGGUGUUGGGGAAUCGGCGGGACACGCUAGUUUGGGCGAACCACCAGUCGCCACCACGGACGAUAACCAGCUGUUCAGAGACUCCGCACAAAGGUGUCACAGUCUUAAGUGAAUCCAGCCAGCAGUGCAACUGCAACUCUAUUAAAAUUAUAGCCGAAGAACACUGAUAAACUACAAGUACUAUAUUUAGCUGAUACAUAAGUACACAUGUAGGGUACAUCUUUAUCUAAUAGCAUGCUGCAACACGCGCGUUAAACACAGUUUUUAAAGCUUGUGGUCAAGUUUCGGGCCAGAUUUGAAUGGAACUUGACGGCGACCCUCGAAGCGGAGCUCUUUUCGCUCCUCAAAGUAAACAUUUGAACCAACUACAGAAUAAUAGAAAAGCUGCAUCCUAUUGGUUUAUCAUACUUUUUAAUGUUUGUUAUUUCUUAUACCAUGCACUAUGUUAUUGGUUUCAUUAGCGUUAGAGAGACUUGCAAUAAGUUAGCGCUGGCUUACUCUAUUGAUUUUGCUUCAAAGCCGUUCGCGAAUUUACUAUUAGACACCCAGUACCGUACAAAAUAAACUCUACAGAAAUAAUGCAUUUCAUUUCGAAUGUUCAAACAUUUAACAUAAAGAUAGAGGAUAGGAUGCUCUGAACAAAACCGUACAGACUCCCUAAGUUAUUCGAAUAUGUUGUAACUCACGCAGUUUUCAACCAGGUUUUCUGGUUCUGCGCUGUUAGGACUUUCUCCAAAACAUUAUAUUACCGCCUUUCAGUAAUGCUGAAAACUGUUAACGUUGAAUACAGACAUACACACACAAACACACACACACACACACACACACACACACACACACACACUAUUUGGUAAUCUCUCUGUAUCUAUUACAUCUAUGUUCAACUUAGCAUGCAAAGCAUCAAUAAAUACAUGCGAUUUAAAAGAAAAUGUAUAACAAAAGCAUGGU